CGGACUGGGCAGUUGGUGCGGCUCCAAAGGACCCCUUGGCCGACAUCCCACCCCCUGGCUCUCUUCCCUCCCUCCCGAGAAGGCCAACUCCUCCCGCCUGAGUCAUGCACGGCGGGAGCUGGGGAGGAGCCGGGGGAAAAGCAGCUCUAGUCCAGAGCGCAGCCAGCGGCCGCAGGAAGAGCAGCUAAAGGGGUCGGGACUAUGGGGGAGAGCGCGCUGGAGCCGGGGCCUGCACCUGGGACGCCUGCCAGUGGCCCAGUGCACGCCGUGACGGUGGUCACCCUGCUGGAGAAGCUGGCCACCAUGCUGGAGGCGCUGCGCGAGCGGCAGGGCGGCCUGGCUCAGAGGCAGGGCGGCCUGGCGGGCUCCGUGCUCCGCAUCCAGAGCAGCCUGGGCGCGCUAAGUCGCAGCCACGACACCACCAGCAACGCGCUGGCACAGCUGCUGGCCAAGGCGGAGCGCGUGGGUUCGCACGCGGACGCCGCCCAGGAGCGCGCUGCCCGCCGCGCCGCCCAGGUACAGCGGCUGGAGGCCAACCACGGGCUGCUGGUGGCGCGCGGGAAGCUGCACGUCCUGCUGUUUAAGGAGGAGGCUGAGAUUCCAGCCAGCGCCUUCCAGAAAGGGCCCGAAGCCUUGGGUCCGGCAGACCAGUCCGAGCUGGGCCCGGAGCAGCCGGAGGCCGAGGUUGGAGAGAGCUCAGACGAGGAGCCGGUGGAGUCCCGGGCCCGGCGGCUGCGGCGCACCGGUUUGGAGAAGGUGCAGAACCUGCGGAGGGUCCUUUCGGGGAGGAAAGGCCCCGCAGCGCCCCCGCCCACGCCCGUGAAGCCGCCUCGCCUGGGGCCCGGCCGGAGCAGAGCGAGCCAGCCGGAAGCCCAGGGUGAGCCGCAGUCUGCGCCCCAGCCAGAGCCUCCGCUGGACACCGAGGAAGAUCCCGGGAGGCCUGGGGCUGCCGGAGCGGCUCCGCCCCAAACCGAGAGUGCGGCCUGAUAGCCAGCGCUGCCUGCCUCCUAGGUGCCCACGCCUUGUCCCAAAAUAAAUCCUUUUCAGAAGGCAACAUUCACGCCCAAAUAAGGAGCGAAUGCUGCAUCCACCACCCUGCUCUGUCCUCCCUCCUGGCUUUUUCAGAGUGCGUCCUUGGAAGCAGCCAGCAGCUUACACCUACUUGUGCUAACGGUUAAUAAAAGUAAUUUCUUCUAA